AUGAACACAAUCGUCCUCGGUACCCCUCGCGGAAACGUUACUAAACGCUUCAGGCACGUACACCCCUUUUGCCCGCCUCUUAGAGCCCCUACUAACGCGAAUCCGCUACUGCUGGCAAUCGAGGCCGCAAGCGAGCCCAACAGCUACCUACUACUGCUUAUAAACGCGUUAGAAAGCCCUCAAAAAGAGCCCGAACGGAUUCACAGCCAUCGUCCUCCCCUACAUACUACUCGACCAGCCGCUCAGUCAACACUACCUACCCUAUCAGCUCAAGGAGGAGCAAGAGGAGGAACUACAACAGGCAAAUGCGGAGAACACUGCGGAGAACACUACGGAGAACACUGCGGAGAAACCAAGCGGCAACAAGGCCACCAUCGUCAAGAACACGGCUCAGCUCUCCAAGAUCCCACGUCAUAUCAGUCAUCCACUCAGUCAGCCACUCAGCUAGCCACUCAGUCUGAUACUCUACAAGAGAAGGAGCAAGAGGAGGAACUACAACAGGCAAAUGCGGAGAACACUGCGGAGAAACCAAGCGGCAACAAGGCCCCCAGCACCAAGAACACGGCUCAGCUCUCCAAGAUCCCACAGGAGGAACUACAACAGGCAAAUGCGGAGAACACUGCGGAGAACACUGCGGAGAAACCAAGCGGCAAUAAGGCCACCAUCGUCAAGAACACGGCUCAGCUCUCCAAGAUCCCACGUCAUAUCAGUCAUCCACUCAAGGAGGAGCAAGAGGAGGAACUACAACAGGCAAAUGCGGAGAACACUACGGAGAACACUGCGGAGAAACCAAGCGGCAACAAGGCCACCAUCGUCAAGAACACGGCUCAGCUCUCCAAGAUCCCACGUCAUAUCAAGAAGGAGCAAGAGGAGGAACUACAACAGGCUAAUGCGGAGAAUACUGCGGAGAAUACUACGGAGAAACCAAGCGGCAACAAGGCCACCAUCGUCAAGAACACGGCUCAGCUCUCCAAGAUCCCACGUCAAAUCAUCACUCAGCAAGCGGAGAACACCACUGCAACUUGGCCUGUCAUCCCCACUGCAUUAAUAUGGUACAUCACUACAAUGACGUUACAAGAGGAGGAUCUACUGCGACGAUCACAGUCAAUUAAGCCUCUGCAGGAGGGACAUCGGACGAUGCAUAUUUGA